UCUCGGUUUGUUGGUUUCACAAUAGUUAAUGCAGAAGCAAUAUCUGUAAUAAAACCCUGGCUUUAGAUGAGUUUCUUCGGUUGCUUUUUUCGCUAGCUCAAAUAAUUGAAAAUCAGUUAAUUUUAGGUUAAUAUUUGCAAGAUGGAGAUAAACAUGGAUGAUGUUGUCGAAGCUUUCCAGUGCCAGAUCUGCCUGGAAGUUGUGUACAAGCCUGUUGUUCAAGCCUGCGGUCACGUCUUCUGCUUUUGGUGUCUUCACAAAGCCAUGAGUCAUUCUGGCACAUCAAAUUGCCCUGUCUGCAGGAAUUUGUAUCAUCAUCUGCCCAGAGUGUGUGAAUUGCUUCAUUACCUUUUGUUGAAAGCAUUUCCGAAGGAAUAUGAAAAAAGGGCUGAAGAGGUCUCAGAAUGGGAGAGAAAAAUGGGUACCUUUUCCCUCCAAUUGGGUACUCUGGAUUCGAAUGGUCAAGAAGAUGAGGUCUUAGAAUUGGGGAAAGACAAGGGCACCUUCUCUCCUCAAAUGGGUACUCUGGAUUUGAAUGUUCAAGCAAGUGCAGGAACUUCUUUUUCAGAAAGCAAACUUAGGGUAAGUGAUGUUUUGUGUGCCCAUUGCAAAGAGCUAAUUUACCGUCCCAUAGUACUCAAUUGUGGGCAUGCAUUCUGUGAGUCAUGCGUUAAUUAUAAUGUCUUUAAAGGAACAACUCUUAAAUGCCAAGUUUGUCAAAGCUUCCACCCUGCAAAAUCACGGGCUGUUUGCCUGGAGCUGCAUCACUUCUUACAGAGCAUGUUUACUGUAGAAUAUGCAGAGAGAGAGAAAUCAAUUCUUUUGCAAAAUAAGCAGCCUAAGAAGGAGUCCCCAACUGAUGAGAUAGCAGAGACAUCAUCACAAAUGGAAACAGUUGUUCAUUUAGAUUUUGGAUGCGAUAACUGUGGGUUCUGUCCCAUUGUGGGAAAGAGGUUUAAUCAACAUCAUAAAGCAGAGCAUCAGUUUGAGGAGGUUGCAGAAAGAAGGGUACAAAGAUUUAUAUUCCUAGGUGGAGAUACAUUACAGUUUAUCUGAUAGCAAUGAUAAGUUUUUAAUAUGCUAAAAGCUCUCAAAGGUCAAUUUUCAAGAGGUAAUCUUUUUGCUUGUUGAAUUUAUAUAGUUUUGAGAUUGCUUUGUUUGCAGUUCAAUACAAUUGUAAAGUUAGGUGGGGAAGCCAUGGAGGAUGCCGUUGCUUCUAUUUUUAUGUUUUCAAAUGGUCCCAUUCAAUCUGUUAAGUCUAAAACUGCUUGUAAAUUUCAGCAGCAGCUACUGCUUAGGGAGACUAAUUUCGAACCCAAUUAGCUGUUGAAAGCUGAUAGUUUGCGGAUUUUAGGAUUGUAAGGAUUUCCUUUUGGAAAAAUGACAAUAUUUUUUUUUUCCUCCAACACACAAAUUGAAAUUCACACGGUUAUACA